GGAAACUCCACCGAGUGCUUCACCAAACUGCUCUGCUCAGGUUCUCUCCCUCUCUCUGUUUCUGCAAGCUAAUCAAGGCAUCAUGGUGUCCCACAAGGAGUUCGAUACAGCCGGGAAGGCGCCUGGUCUGCAGAUCUGGCGUAUUGAGAACAUGGACCUCAAGCCUGUUCCCAAGAACUUCUAUGGAAGCUUCUACACCGGAGACGCCUACCUCCUGCUGUACACCACAACUGCACCAUCCUACUACAUCCACAUGUGGCUGGGAGACGAGUGCUCGCAGGACGAGAGCGGCGCGGCGGCCAUCUUUGCCACGCAGCUGGACGACCAUCUCGGCGGGGGCCCGGUGCAGUUCCGCGAGGUCCAGAAUAACGAAUCUCGGACCUUCCUGGGAUACUUCAAGUCUGGCAUUAAGUAUCAGAAAGGUGGUGUUGCGUCUGGUUUCAAUCACGUGGUGACUAACGAAGCGAACGUGAAGCGUUUGCUGCACGUGAAGGGCCGGAGAGUGAUCAGAGCCACCGAGGUGAACUUUUCCUGGGCCAGCUUUAAUAAGGGCGACUGCUUUAUCGUGGACCUGGGAAAGAACAUCUACCAGUGGAUGGGCUGUGAUUGUAACCGCUUUGAGAAGGUGAAGGCGUCUCAGGUGGCCAUCGACAUCCGCGAUAACGAGCGCAACGGCAGAGCCAAACUGUGCAUGGUGGAGGAAGGAUCUGAACCUCAGGAGAUUAUUGAGGUUCUCGGACCCAAACCGAGCAUCGCUCCUGCUACCCCUGAUGACGAGAAUGUCGAGCUGUUCAACAAGAAAAAGGGAGCGUUGUACCUGAUCUCCGACGCCACCGGCUCCAUGAAGACGUCCAGCGUGGCUCCGUCCAGUCCGUUCAAACAGGAAAUGCUGUCACUCGAUGACUGCUACAUCCUGGACAACGGCGUGGAUGGCAACGUGUUCGUAUGGAAAGGUUCGAACGCUAACACGCAGGAGCGCAAGGUGGCCAUGAAGGUGGCUCAGGACUUUAUUAAAGAGAAGAACUACUCCAGUAAAACACAGAUCCAGGUGCUGCCUGCAGGGGGCGAGACCACUCUCUUCAAGCAGUUCUUCUCGAACUGGAAGGAUAAGGACCAGACCACGGGCCCGAGCAAAGCGUACACCAUCGGGCAGAUCGCACAGGUGAAGCAGGUCCCCUUCGACGCCUCCACCCUGCACACCAACCAGGCCAUGGCGGCGCAGCACAACAUGGUGGACGACGGGUCCGGAAAGGUUCAGAUCUGGCGUGUGGAGGGCGGAGCUCGCGUCCCCGUGGACCCUGCGGCAUACGGUCAGUUCUUCGGAGGCGACUGUUACAUCAUCCUGUACAGCUACAAACAGGGCAGCCGAGAGCAGCACAUCAUCUACACCUGGCAAGGAUUAAAGAGCACUCAGGACGAGCUGGCCGCCUCCGCCUUCCUCACCGUGCAGCUGGACGACUCCAUGGGCGGAGCUCCCGUCCAGGUGCGUGUAACUCAGGGUCAGGAGCCGCCUCACCUGAUGAGCUUGUUUAAAGGAAAGCCCAUGAUCAUCCACAGUGGAGGAACGUCACGUAAAGGAGGGCAGACGCAGGCGGGAACCACGCGUCUCUUCCACGUCCGUACCAGCACCGCCAAAGCCACUCGCGCCGUGGAGGUGAAGCCUUGUGCAUCCAACCUCAACUCCAACGAUGUGUUCGUGCUGAAGUCUCCCGAUUCGCUCUUCGUGUGGAGGGGCGUCGGUGCCAGCGAGGAGGAAGUUAAAGGUGCCAAAUUCGUCGUCAGCUUCCUGGGAGGGAAACCCACCGACGUCACCGAGGGCAAAGAGCCAGCCGGAUUCUGGACCGCUCUGGGAGGGAAGAAGGAAUAUCAGACUUCCGUGACUCUGAAAAAUACCGUCAAACCCCCUCGUCUGUUCGGCUGCUCCAACAAGUCUGGCCGGCUCACGGUUGAGGAGGUACCCGGUGACUUCGGCCAGGCGGAUUUGGCCACCGACGACGUCAUGUUGCUGGACACUUGGGAUCAGCUCUUCCUGUGGGUGGGCAACGAAGCUAACGAAGUGGAGAAGACCGGCGCUCCAAAAAUCGCUAAAGAGUACCUGGACACAGACCCGUCCGGCCGGCGUGGUAUCCCCAUCACCACCAUUAAACAAGGCACCGAGCCUCCGACCUUCACAGGCUGGUUCCAGGGCUGGGACGCCAAAAUGUGGGACACCGACCCCCUGGAUAGAAUCCGCGCUCGCUUUUAAUUCUUCAUCAUGCUCUCAUCCUCUAACUGCUGCUUGCACUUAGCAGGCCCGAUGCACAAACAGCCGAUUCGACAUAUUUCCCUUUAACUUGACUGUCGUUACCGUAUCAUACAUGCCGACGUGCCGUAUGGAAAGUUCCAGAGACGGGUCAGCUGACGUGUACGAUACAGAACACACUUUCUCUAAUGAGUUAGAAUGCCCAGGAAAUUCAAACUGGUGAUUUAAACCUUUAUCGACCACAGCGAACGUGGCAGAACUUUCCAUUACAAACAGUUACGUAAUAUUAACGAUUAACGAUGUGAUCUAGUCACCCAGGACAUUUAGGUCCGAUCGAGGGCGCUUAACGUCCUGCGUUUAGAUUUAAAAACGAAAUUCUGCCGAUUAUCAAUAAACUUGAACUAUUUAGAGCGAGUGUCCGGAUUUGGGUCGGGUGCGUGUUAUUUUAAAUGCUGUUGGUUGGGGGAAAAUUCCGUUUUUAAAGGACGCCAGUCAUCAAAUCACCAUCCUCGGUCCAUUUCUCGAGUAAUUAUUAAAUUAGUGUGAAGACCGGCAUCGUGACCUGAGUGCCAAAACAAAAUUUAAAAAAUUAAACAUAGAAGGUUUUUUUUGUUGUUGUUGUUGUUGUUGCCAUUUUUCUCUGAUAUAUUAAAGCAUUUAUCACGACUGAUCCUCUCCGACAAACGGAUUGCGAUUGGUCGAUUCGUGGAGUCCGGUAAAUCAUGUCCGAAAAUGUUUUAGGAUAUUAAACAGUAAAUCAGACUUGGGAGUGUUUCCAAUCUCCGUAUCUAUUCUGCCUCUCUGUCUCUUUCUUUCUCGUUCUAUUACUUCCUGUUUGACCCCAGGUGCGUACGGAACUGCGUUCUGUCAUAUGAAAUGAUAUUUUUAAAAAAUACUGUUUUUGAUGUUUCUGGCUUGAAUAAAAAAUUCUCCAAUUUUAAAUAGAA